AAGUACUAUUAAAAUCUCUUUUUCUCAAUACAAUCAAAGGCCGCGAUAAAUACAUGAUAUUGAACGCGCGUGUCUUAGACAACUACUGGGGCUUGGUCACAGCUGAAACGUUAUAUAUUGAACGCAGUUUCUAUCUUGGGAGAACUUAACAGGGAGUAGCAUUCUUGGCUUUACAAAUAGAUACAACUGACACGGAUCAUUUCAUGAGAAUACUAGUUUGCGAAAAGAAGUCAUGACUACUGAAGGAUUUAAGUGUAACUACUAGAAGGUGAGAUAGAAUGGCUGACCAAAGAAGGUCAUACGUUGAUCACGUGACGUGCCCUAUUUGUUUGGAUUUAUUGUUCAAUCCACGUGCUUUACCGUGCAUGCACACGUUCUGUGCUGAAUGUCUCAAUUCAUACAUCACAAGUGAUUGUAAAACUGGAGAUAAAAAAGGGCUUAUCUGCCCGGUAUGCAAAACCUUUAUUAAGCCUCCACUCAAAGGAAUGCUUACAUGCUCCUGGGCGUAUAAUUUUCCAUUAAACUUUGCUUUGAAUGGACUAGUAAACGAAAUGAAAGCCAAGCAUAAAUCUUUAAGGACCGCCAAACAAGCAGAACAGAAUGCUGGGACGGGGAGUAUGGUAGAAACAAAAUGUGUAAGCCAUCCGGACCGGGUAAUUGAAUUUCAAUGUUUGGAUCACUGUGACUCAUUUUGUAGUGUAUGCGCAGCACUUCUGCACCGGAAAUGCGAACAAAUUAACUUUCUUGGAUACGCGGGAGAUGAAGGGAAGAUGCCAAAACAUAACUAUAAAAGCAAAGAUGAUUCCUCACAUAGCCGUAAAAUACACAGAUCAAUUAUACGACUGAGUAAAAGUUUUGACGAAGGUGACCAAACCGUUCCAAAAUCAAUUGACCCUAAUGUUCUUACAAGUGACUUUGCGCUUGCACGCUCGAUUGUUGGAACCAAUGAAACGUUUCCUAAAGUUGUAGGGAGCCGAGAAAAUGCGAAUGAUGAGUCAGGAAAAUAUUUUCAUCAUGAUGAGAUCGUCAAUAAAGAAGCUGUGAACGAAAGACCAGUCAUACAUACCCGAAAGUCGUUAACCAGACUGCAUAUCAAAGGAAAUGAAAAGAAAGACGAAGCAGACGACAUGGACAUUCCUCAAAGUCAGGAGCCAUAUUCCUGCCAUGAGAAACUCAGAAAUGCGGAGACUUCUUCUACAGUUGUUGACGGAAUUGCUAUCGAACCAAAGACCCAUUCGAUGACUAGUUUGAACGAUAUUAUAGAAGAAGAUGAAGAAAUCAUUUCCGUUUCAAUUGAUGAAAAUGUUUCCAAAUCUCAUUUAGAGCAGAAGAAUAGGUUCUAUGUUCGCACUCAAUGUGACCAGAAAUGUUGCUCUAUCACCGGAAUGUGCGUUUUACCAGACGGAAAGGUAGUUUUAGCAGAUGAGGCAAACGAAAAUGUAAAAAUGUUUGACAGUAACGGAGUUUUUGAAACUUAUAUACAGCUUGAAACCGAGCCUUGGGAUGUUACAGCCAUCGAACAAUACGAAGUAGCCGUAAGCUGUCCGUCUUCAAAGAACAUUCAUAUCAUGCUUACUUACGAUUAUUUGACGAUAACUAGGACAAUAAGUCUUGACAAAAAUUGUUACGGGAUAUCGUAUUAUAACAAAGACAUUUACGUUGCUAUGGAGAACGAGAUCCGCAUCAUAACAUACGAAGGAAAGUUAUCACAGAAAAUAUGUUCAGAAUCAGUGAAGAAGAGAUUGUUUACAUUUCCGCUUUCAUUUCCAAGAAAUAUUUUUAGAUGUGCAAGAUACAUAGAUUUAAAUACUGACCAGAAAAAUGUAGAAAUCUUGGUAUCUGAUUCGUCUAGAAAUUGUGUGGCGUCCAUCAACAGGCAUGGCAAAAUAUUGUCUAUGCUAAAGUUAGGCAAUGAUGGCGUUCCAUAUGGGGUUUCGUUUGGAAAUGGGAAAAAAUUCUACGUUUGCACAGCGCCGGAUAUGCUACUCGCUAUCCAUUCGGAUGAGCAUGGAAAUCGUAUUAAAAAGGUAUUAGAGAUGAACGCCAUUCAAUCAGUACAUUAUCAUUCUAUGUCAAAGGUACUUUAUAUUUCUCGUAAAGCACAUAACUUUGUUACGGUAUACAAUGUGAGACGAGACUCUUCACCAUAAUUGUCAAUGUGCUUAGAUAAUUUAAUCAACGGGGGGGGGGGGGGGUAGGAAUUUUGACUUUUGAUUUGUGGUUUGGUUUUUAAAUGUCUUAUUUUGCUUUUUUAUUUUGUUUGUGUUGAAAUUCAGUUUGGAGUGUUGUUUUAAUACAACUCGACGAACAGCAAAUACAUUCUAUAUUUAUCUUAUGUUGUGUAGACUUGUUGCAUUAUGAAUUCAUAUUGGAAAGCAGACCCCCCCCCCCCCCCCCCUCGAAAAGUCUUUUUUGACAUUUAAAUGAAAAGCUUGUAUAUCUUUUAAAUGAAUUAUAUCUAAUAGGGUUCGUUUAUAUAUGUAUUUAAUAGCCCACGUGAUUUCGUUUGCAAAUUGAUACGGAUUCAUUUUUGGAAAAUAAGUCCUAUCAAUUCGCAUGUAUAUUGUCUUCACAAUCACUUGCGAAAUGGCAUCCUUUUUGCUAUAAUAUAUAUCAUACUUUUUCACAUAUUUUGACAACCUCUUCAGUAUUCUGUUUUUGUUGUUUUAUUGUGUAUGUUAAUCUAGAUUUACUUGCUUUUAUAUUGUCUGUUGUGUACACAAUUUAAGAAUUUAUAGUUCAGCUUGAAGAAAUAUUAAAGUUUUUAAUUCUUUCGUUUGUAAUUUCUAUAAAUAUAAUCCCGUUUGUAAAGUUGUUUUUAAAACUUCCGUUUGUAAACUGCAUAUGCAUUAUUUCGUAAGUGUUUUAAUAUUCCCUACAUUUGUUUCCUUCCGUUAGUAAAGAUUUAAAAUAUU